AUGGAUCCUCCUACUGCGAUUAUUGUUUAUAACAAUAAGGAACAAGUCGGGGUGCAUGAAGAAUCAUCAGAUACUUCCCAACAAAGAGAAGACACCCGGAGUAAGACUUCAACCCCCCAUCAUUCAGAAAAACAUGAGCCGACCUCAUCCUCAUUCAAAAGAUCUUCGAAUUCUCCUGUCGGCUUCCUCGACUUGUCACUUGAAAUCCGACGCAUGAUCUAUGAUGAAUACUUUAUCUUCACCGAACCGAUCUCAUUCCAAACUGGACCGUCUCCAUCGCUGGCCUUGCAUCUUGAUAAGAACUAUGGUCUUCAUACCGCACUUCUUCGUGCAAACAAAAAAAUACACAGUGAAGCCACAUCAUAUCUUUACUCCAAUCCGGUUUUCAAUUUGGUUGGCAUCUGCCCUACACAACUACUACCCACUACCGAUGCAGCUUUUGCUCAUUUUUUAAGACAAAUUGGUGUUCCUAACGCAAAGCUUCUUCGUCACCUCGUUAUCGAAUUUCCCGAAUUCGAUCCUUCUCCUCAAGAUUACUACCGCCUUGGAGAAGUCCCCAAGCCCGUUGAAGAUUAUGUAAGAUUAUUGAAGCAAAUUCACGAACAGUGUACAGAACUUGUAACACUUAAAAUGGCAUUACAUCAAUUACAUGAUUUUUUUCGGGCAUUCAUGGAUCCCGCUUGGUCUGAUAAAUUCUCGAUUGCUACAGACUGGCUACACAAGCAAUUACAGGGCAUGCCGUUCUUGAAAGAUAUCGUCGUUCAUCUUCAAAUCAUCAACCCGAACCUUAGAGGUAGUUAUCAGGGCUGGAUAGACAAGUCGCGGGACUAUGGAUGGAGUUUUAAGGUCACGAAGUAUGAACUCACGGGAAAUAAGGAGGAGGCUCGGGGUGAAAUUGUAGAAGCUAUUGGGGAACUGGCUCGGAUGGGAGUAACCAGGCGCGUAAUGCAGCGAGGAUAUUAUAUUAAUAGACAGACCUCCGAUGGAGGAUCUGAGAUUGACUACGAAUUGUCAUAUCGUGCGGCUUGUUGCAAGAUUGAGGAGGGUCUCCUUCAAUCAGCAUAG